CUUAUCGCGACUCUGUUCUCCCUGUUCUGUUAGAAACCCCCUUGAAGCUGCCAGAGCGAAAUCCCAGAGCAAUAAUGUCUCGCGCUCUACCAAUUGCUCUCGCCAUAGUGGCCAUUGUGGCCUAUAGCUGCGUGCAGCGGUACUUGGCCCUGAGAAGGCAAAUCGCGAUCGCGAAGACGACCAACAUUCCCUAUGUAGUGCUCCCAUUCAAUCACAUUGGUAACUUCUGGACUGCAUUUCAGAAGAUUGCCCUCCCUCUGUAUGAGAUGAUUCCCGGCGCCAAAAAUCGCAUCACCACCAAGAUCGCCUAUACAUACUUCCAAUGGCACUUCCAAGACGAGACGGCAACGCAGCUUGCUCCCGUCUUUCUCGUUGUUAGUCCGUAUGGGAUGUACAUUAGCAGCCGCUCGGCCGAAUUCAACGCCGCCAUCACAGCGCGGAAGUCCGAUUUCCUCAAACCCAUCCACCUGUACCAUGUCGUCGAGGUCUACGGCAAGAACAUGCUCUCGAGCGAAGGGGAGGAGUGGAAGCGCCACCGCCGCAUAGUCGGGCCAUCCUUCAACGAGAAGAGCAACGCGCUCGUCUUCGAGGAGUCCGUGCGCCAGGCGCGGGGACUAUUCAGCUACCUCGCCACAAUGGAUGGCAACUCACAGAUCGAUUUGACAGUGCGAGAUGUCGCGCCGCACAUGGCGAUGUUGGCCCUUCACGUGAUUUGCGGUGCAGCGUUUGGUGUGCCGCAGACAUGGCCAGGAGAGGAUGAGAGUGUCUUGGGGACGCGGACGGUGCCAGGGUUCAACACGAAGAAGUUGAAUGCGAAUCACAAGUUGCCAUUUAAGUAUACGGUGGAUUUGUUCCAGGAUUGUUUCUUAUGGGUUGCCGUGCUGCCGAUGUGGCUUAUCAAGAUUCUCCCAAUGAAAAUAACCCAGGAAAUUUACGCGUCAUUCCUCGAGCUCAGUGAUUAUUUUAUCGAGCUUGUAGAGUAUAAAUUCAAACGACUAGAGACCGGCGAGACAGACACCCACACGAUGGAUGUCCUGAAACCCCUCGUCUCCGCCCUAAAUACCUCCCCCGGCUUCGACGAGAAGCCUGCCGCUGAGAAAAUUGGUUCCCUCUCUCUCUCCGAAAUCACCGGCAACGCCUUCGUUGUCCUCUUCGCAGGCCACGAGACGUCUGCCAACAUACUGCAUUUCUCCAUGGUCUUCCUCGCCAUGAACCGCGACUCGCAGCGCUUACUUCACGCCGACAUAGACCAUAUUGUUGGCAAAUCAGACCCCGACACCUGGACAUAUGCCGAGACGAUGAAUCGUCUUUUCAAUUCUAUGGUCGGCGCUACGCAAAACGAGGCAAUGCGGCUGAUGCCGCCUGUGGUGUCCAUACCGAAGCAUACGCUGUCUAAGGAGAAGGGAGGCACAAUGCAAACUGUUACUGUAAAUGGGGAAGCUCUGCGGGUCCCCCCUGGCACGUUCAUGCACAUGGACGCUGUGGGGACCGGCCGUGACCCUAAGAAUUACCCACAUCGGCCGUCGAAGCUUACAGGGAAGACUCACGAUCUAAACGACUUCGUACCUGAGCGGUGGUUGCUUGACUCCGAGUACCACAGGGAUGCCACGGAGAGCGAGACAGCCAAGGGUCCCACACACCGCGCACCCCUGGGUGUGAACAGGGAAUCUGACCAACCUGAUGAACUAGAGAGCGUGAGUUACGAUAACUCAUCUGCACUAUUCCGGCCGGCCAAGGGCGCCUUCAUCCCAUUCUCAGAGGGCCCGCGCGGAUGUCCUGGGCGCCGAUUCGCACAGGUCGAGAUAACCGCCGUACUAGCCGCGGUAUUCCAGGAGUACUCUGUGGAGCUGGACGUGCGAGAGUGGGCGAGCGAUGAGGAGGUUGAGCACAUGACGAAGGGGCAGAAGAGAGACUUAUAUUCCAAAGCAGUGAGGAAAGCAGAGGAGACCAUUCGGAAAGCCGAUAUUAUUAUCACUCUGAGAUUGUUGUCGGGGACCAGUAUUCCUCUACGAUAUGUGAAGAGGGGAAGCGAGAGGUUUGGGGAUGUGGGGCUGCUGUAGAUGCGGGGAGGCCGAGAUCGUCGUCGAUGCAGUAUGAGGUAGACGAUAAAAAAAAACAAUAGAAAAGACUAGAAGGGAUUAGGAGGUUUGCAAAGCGGACUAAUCUGGAGAUAUGACAGGAGGUGAUAGGAGGACUAUACUUAAACGCACUUGGCGCGUUGUAGCGCGAUAUAUAUUGAUUGAGAGGUUGUUCUAGAUAGUUCAGGCCCUGACAGAAGCUGGGAAAAUGAGCUGGAUAUUGCCUGAACCACGCCACUUUCACCAAUAUCUGCCUAUAUAAUCAUAUUCUUUUGCGGUCUGGCCCCUUUUGCCCAUUUGCCUUUUGCCUUUUGGGCUCGCAUCGAGUUGUCGUCAUAUUAUUUAGAGACUUUUUGUUGCACAAUUGACCAUUUUUUCACUUAUAUAUUCUUAUUGACAGUAGCGAAGAGUAUAGACUCAAAGUAAUGCAUAAUACCGUGUCUGCUUCCUAUUUCCUCCUAUAUAUUAUCGACGAAGACGGGCCUUCGUGGUAUUUUACAUUUUACAGUUCCCGAUAUCCAUACAAACGAUACCCGACGCCGCACU